AUGGCGUACAAGCUUUCCGUCUUGCUUCUUGUCUGCUUGCUGGUCAUCACUAGCUAUGCAAAUGUAAAAUUUGCACACUUUGACGCUGUCCUGGAUGAGGAUGACUCGGAGGGACACUUGAACUAUUACGAUGUCGACAAGGCCCGUGCGAUGGAUGACCAUGGUUAUUUUGCCCGCGCCGAGCCAGCUACUGUCACUGUCACUAAAACUGUUUGUGGACCUGGGGCCUCUGAGGCACCCGGAGACUCGCCCAUCAUCUCACUUCCGGAGACGACUCUUGUGACGGACACCCCUGCACCAUCGCCUGCUCCCACAUUUGACCAGCCUCCAGCCUCUUCGGGAACUGACAGUGCUCCUCCGUCUGUCAAGCCUACUUCGACUGAAGCCCCCACCAGCCCCCCAGAAGGGCAUACAACCGCGCUCCAGACUAGCCUGCCUAGCUCUGCCGACGAGAGUGAAGCACCAACUGCGACUUCUGCGACUCCGAGCUCUACUACUACACCGAUUGUCAACGCUGGAUACACUGAGGGAGGAAUGAGCACUCUAGUUCUUGCAUUGACCCUGACCUUCAUUCGUCUCCUGGGGUUCUAG